CACUGCGGCGCAGGCGCAGGCCCAAUCAGCUGUUAUAGAACGCCCACAGUCGCGGUUCUGAUCUUCCGCAGCCGAAAUUCGUGGGCGUUGCAGCAACCCGCCAACGCACCGAGUCGAGCCAUUGAGGAUACGGGAGCCACCGUCAACCGGAAGCCGCAGUGAGAUAAAGAACAUAAUUCGCGAGUCACAGAGCAUGUUUCCCCACCUGAAGGGUCACGGGCAGCGGGUCAACCUGCAAUUGCUGCAGGAGGCCGCCUGCCGCGAACUGGUUCAGCAGUUGGAUCGCAUCGAGGGUUCCAAGGUCAUCGUCCUGGACGAGGACAUGAUUGGUCCCCUGGACCUGGUCACUCGGCCGAAACUCUUCGCCGACCGAGACAUCCGGCUGUUGGCCCUCAAGCCGGAGCUCCACCUGCCGCGCGAGGUAGCCAACGUUGUGUACCUGGUGCGCCCAAAGGUGGCGCUGAUGGAGCAACUGGCAGGACACGUGAAGACCGGUGGGCGCGCGGCGUCCGGACGCCAGUACCACAUCCUCUUCGCCCCGCGUCGCUCCUGCCUGUGCAUCAGCCAACUGGAGGCCAGUGGCGUGCUGGGCAGCUUUGGGCGCAUUGAGGAGCUGGCCUGGAACUACCUGCCGCUGGACGCCGACCUGGUGUCAAUGGAGCUACCCAACGCUUUCCGCGACGUAAGCGUGGACGGCGACACCAGUUCGCUGUACCAGGCUGCAGUGGGUCUGGUGCAGCUGCAGCGGCUCUACGGGCGCAUCCCCAAGAUCUAUGGCAAGGGCGAGUUCGCGCACAGGGUUUGGGAGCACGCCAAGCAGUUGGGACGAGACGAGCGGACGCUAUACAACGGCGAUAAGGGCGUUGUUGACCAGUUGAUCCUGCUCGACAGGGGCAUCGACCUGCUCAGCCCUUUGGCCACACAACUCACAUAUGAGGGGCUCAUCGACGAGUUCUACGGCAUCCGGCAGAACAAGCUGCGGCUGCCUGCGGAGAACUUCCCCUCCGACGGAUCCAUUCCCGGGAGCGGAGGCAGUGGCCCGCGGGUCGAGGAAUCGCAGUCCCUGCUGGGCGAGACCGAGAAGAAGAUCAUCCUCCUACACUCUGGGGAACAGCUGUACGCGGAGCUGCGAAACAAGCACUUCAACGAGGUCACCAAACUGCUCGCCCGCAAAGCGCGCGAAAUUCACAACCAGAUGCACGCCACCUCGCAGGACAAGAGCGUGCAGGAGAUCAAGAGCUUUGUGGAGAACCUGCUGCCGCAACUGAUGGUCCAGAAGAAGGCCACCUCGGAGCAUACGGCCAUCGCCGGGCUCCUGCACGGGCAGGUGAACGCGGUGCGCUUCGCCGACGACCUGGCCGCUGAGCAAGAGUUUAUGGUCUGCGCGGACAUUGACAAGCCGAGCGCCUACAUCGAGGACCUGAUCGCCAGCAAGGUGGACCUGCGGCGCGUCCUGCGGCUCAUCUGCCUCCAGUGCAACGCCGCCUCUGGGCUCAAAGAGAAGCUGCUCAACCACUACAAGCGCGAGCUGGUCCACGUCUACGGCCUCGAGGUGCUGCUCACCAUCAGCAACCUGGAGAAGUCGGGUCUUCUGCACCUGCAGACGGAGUCGCGGGCCUACAGCGUGCUGCGAAAGACACUUCAUCUCACUGUGGACGACAAUGUCGAGGUGGAGCCGAAGGAUAUCAGCUACGUGCACAGUUUCUACGCUCCACUGACCGCUCGCCUCGUGGAGCACUCGCUCAAGCCGCUAGGAUGGCAGUCGCUCAAGAGCCAGAUCACUAAUCUGCCCGGUCCGACGUUCGAAGAUUUCCAAGCGCAGCUGGUGGGGAUUGGCGGACGCCACACAGGCACCACGGUCACCGAGGGAUCGCUGUUGAACGUGCCACGAGUGGUGCUGGUCUGCUUCGUGGGCGGGUGCACCUUCGCCGAAAUCGCCGCACUACGGUUCCUAGCCGCCCAGGAGGACAACAACGUAGAGUUCUUGAUUGCGACCACGAAGGUCGUCAACAAACACUCCUUCCUGGACAGUAUGAUGAGCUCGUGAGGGCGGCGGCUGAGCCGAUUGGAGGCCCAUCGCCUGUCCAACGACCACGGACUGGCACGUGGAUGAAACGCGUCGGAACCGCUGAAGCCAAGGCCAAAAAGAAGGGGCAAGCGGCGCAGCGCUGCGAUCUGGAAUGUGGAUUAGCAUUCCGUGUGCUACGGGCGCUGUGAAUGACAUGGUUAUUAAAGAUGCGCUGGCACUCGGGAACCCAUAAGCAUAUAUAUUCUCAAUUACGGCAUUUAUUUUCAUAUUCUAUUUAUCGUAAAUGAAUAUGUAUUUAAAUACAUAUAUAUAUAUAUAUAUAUAUAUUCUCCUAAAUAUGUACAUGAAUGAUUGUAGGUGUAAGUGAAAAUGAUUCCAAAUUAAAUUCAUUCAAGUUUGUGCGAGGAAAAUAAUGUCAUAAUAAAGUAUUUAGUCAAUGUUAUAUUGUA